CACCAAUCUUCUUCCAACCAUCUAGAAUUAUUCAAGCUAAGCAUACACUACAAUGCAUCUCCUACCUCUCUGCCUCCCUCUCAUCACCAUCACCCUAAGCGACCUAGCAGCCGGCGCUCCUUCCAACAAGAUCUCCCCUAAGAUUACGGCCGAUUACCUCUAUGACGAUGUCGAUGUCGACAUCUCUGAGCGUUCCGUCGGAAUCUCGCCCAAGAUCACCGCUGAUUACCUUUAUGAUGAUGUCGACGAGACUAUCCCUUCCUAAUACAUUAGCCUUUUGUGCCGGGGACCUGGGAAUUUGACACUAGGAAAAUGAGUCGGAAUCUCUUGUCUUUUACUACUCGGGCUUUAGAGUGCGAUUUGGUAUAAUGAUGUUACUAGGGAAGCUCGUUCGUGGUUCAUGUUACCGUUAAAGUAGUGUUGUAGAG